ACUGUUACUUGUUUCCUUGCGCAGACACGGACAGGUCAGCGAAGGAGCAAAAUCAAAAUGGCGAGUCAAGAAGAGUCUAUCAGAGAGUUCGUGGCUGUUACUGAUGUGGACGAGGAGAGAGCCCGCUUCUUCUUGGAGUCCGCGGGCUGGAACCUACAGCUCGCUCUUGCCAGCUUCUUUGAAGAUGGCGCCGACGACGACAUAGUGACUCUUCCCCAACCCGAGGGAGGAUCCUCGGUUUCCCGGUCCGCAGGCCCCAGCAGUCAGCCCAGAGUGACCUCCUUAGGAGACCUGAUGGACAUGGCAGAGGAUGACAAUGAUGAGGAGGAAGGCCAGAGGUUUUUCGCGGGUGGAUCAGAGCGCAGCGGACAGCAGAUCGUCGGACCUCCUAAGAAGAAGAGCUCCAACGAGGUGGUGGAGGAUCUGUUCAAAAGAGCCAAGGAACACGGAGCCGUGCCUUUGGACCGGAGCGGGAAAGGACCAGAACCGAGCAGGGCAAAGGCCUUUCUUGGUGGAGGUUACAGGCUGGGAGCAGCUCCUGAGGAGGAGUCCGCCUAUGUGGCCGGAGAGAGUCGCGCCUCCAACAGUCAACAGGAUGUCCACGUGGUUCUGAAGCUGUGGAAGAGCGGCUUUAGUCUGGACGACGGCGAGCUCAGAAACUACAGCGACCCCGGAAACGCAAACUUCCUGGAUGCCAUCAGAAGAGGGGAGAUUCCUCUGGAGCUCAGGCAGCGUACUCGGGGGGGCCAGGUCAACCUGGACAUGGAAGACCACCGAGAUGAAGACUACGUCAAGCCCAAAAUGGCCUUUAAGGCCUUCGAGGGUGAAGGGCAGAAGCUGGGAAGUGCCACUCCAGAACUGGUCUCAGUUCCGCCGUUGUCCCAGCAGGACCAGGCUGCGAAUGAGGCGCAAGCCAGCGCCUCUGUAAACCUCGACCCCUCCCAGCCCACAACCAACAUCCAAAUCCGCCUGGCUGACGGGGGGAAGCUGGUCCAGAAGUUCAACCACACCCACAGGGUGUCAGACCUCCGGCAAUUUGUGGCGGCAGCCCGGCCCACCAUGGCUGCCAGAGAGUUUGUCCUCAUGACCACCUUUCCUAACAAGGAGCUGUCGGAUGAGAGCCUGACGCUGCAGCAGGCCAACCUCCUCAACGCCGUUAUCGUCCAGCGGCUAAAGUGAGGCGGUCACCCCGAGAGCGAGCAAGCCUGCUUUCCGGGCGGCGUGGCGUCUGCGGCCGUGUGGACAAACACGAACUUACAUACAGACUGCUUCAUUUCUGAUUUUUGUUUUUCUUAAAUGAAACGUAACGUUGCGCUCCCCUGCCUCAUCCCCGUCUGCGCCCAGCGGUGAAGCGUUCACUGCAACCACAGAGGCAGAGUCCCCGAGGAGCCUGCGAACGCUGCUAAACUGUGGCUUUAGGAGGAAAUCUGGGGUUUGGAUUUUCUCCUUCACAGUCCAGCUCUCUGAGAGUCUCUCUGAAGAUGGACUCACAAUCUGACCCUGUAGUGAAGCUCAAAGUUUGAUCCCAGGUUUUUAAUUCUCCACACACACAUACUAAAAAAUCUGUUUAGAAUAAAUAAAUUUCCCCCUCCAACUGAUACCAGUAGCCUUAUUUUCCUCUCCUCCUCCAGAACCACCCCUUCCCUUUAUGGAAAAGCAGAAGGAAUUAUUUUUUUAAACUGCCUUUUUCUCCUGAUUUUCUCUUUUACAGAUUUGUCCCAGUUAGAUUGCAGCGUUUUCAUACAGCCUGAUGAAAAGGGGAGGGGCCAGUCUUGUCAGAACACACGUGAACGCUGGUUUAUUGUUGUAGAAUUUGAAAACACUGACAUCUUCUAUGCAUCUCGGGGCAACACAGAAACAUGUUGGGACCUCUGAUUAAAGAAAUCCAUUUUAUGGUUGAUGUAUAACAAA